AUCUUAUAUAUUUACAUUCACAAACAGAAAGAAAUAAUAUCAACAAUGCCUCCGCUACCUUCAGAUUUCACUGACGUAACUUUGGCAAGAAACACAAGAACGAGGUUAGAUUUUGGAAUAACUGCAAAUGAUGUGAAAGGACCUGUUAAACGCCAAGCGGAAAGUCUCGAUUUAACCCCUACACUGAAGAGAAGACGAUUUCAUUGCUUCACAUCAACACCCAAACCAGAAGUGACAACUCUUAGCCCAAUAUCGAGCAUCAUACAAGCUGUUGAUAAGCUGUCUACAGAAUCUGACCUUAUUGCAGACGGAUCACGUGUCAAUAUUCUACCCACAAUUCCAGGAAAGCAUAGCGAUCUUAGCGCCAUCUCACCGGAAACGAUGUCUGACGUCCUGGACGGCGUCUACGACAGCAGUGUUGACAAAGUAACGAUUAUAGACUGUAGAUAUCCGUAUGAAUUCGGAGGCGGUCAUAUAAAGGUAAAUUCAAAAGAAUCAUUAUUUAUCGACGUCAAUUAUUAUAGCAUAUUUUUUUUUAACUUUACUGAUAUUUUACGUUGUUAUAAAUUUAUUCUAUCUAUUUUUCAGGGAGCUGUCAAUUUAUUUACUAAAGAAUCGAUAAAACAAUUCAUCCAAGAAACAGUGACGUCACCAACAAACAACCAUGUUCUCAUUUUCCACUGCGAAUUUUCUUCUGAAAGAGGACCAAAAAUGUAUCGCCACUUAAGGGCUCUAGAUCGAGAUUUGAACAAAGACAACUACCCUCGACUCAACUUUCCCGAGAUUUAUCUCUUAGAAGGAGGUUAUAAAGCUUUCUUCAACACAAACAAGGAACAAUGUUUCCCACAGACGUACAAACCAAUGUUGCACAAGGAACACAGAGACGACUUGCGUCACUUCCGGGUAAAAUCAAAGUCAUGGUCAGCAGGCGACAGACCACGCAAAACGUCAGAUAUUGGCAAGGGACUUCGGCUAAGAUUUUGAUUUGAUAUAGGAUGACUGUGUUCCAUUUAAUAUCAACAAACUGUGCUUGAAUGUCAAAAUCUGAUACUUUCGUUUGAAAUGAAGAAAUUGUUGUGUUAUUUCGAACAAACAUCAGACUGUGAUUUGAAUAACCACUGUGAUAGACAUUUCUUUCUUUUUUACACUACAUCUUGCUUUUUCUGUCUGUCUUGUGUGUAUCACGGAGUUGUCGAGGUAUUCAUCAUGUUAAACGAAUAUUGUUAUGCAUUUUCCUGUUGUGCUUUUAUCGUUAUGUUUUAUAUAUAUGUUGUUAAACUGAUUUUACAAAUAAUAAAAUGUUAGAAAACAAUUACUCUUUUUUCUCUUUUAAAGUGAAUAAAUAGUGACAUUUGAAGGGAAGUCAUUGGUUUUUUAUUUACAAAUACUAGUAUUCCACAAUAGAUGGACAUAUCAUUGUGCCCUAGCUGUCUUGCGAGCUGAAACAAUUCCUUUCGUUUAAUGACUUUCGAAUACAUGCACGUUUUGCCUCUGUUAUAGUGCUCU